AUGAAUGAUGACGACGAGGGCGACGAUGAUUGGUCCUCCUCCGCGGAGGGAAGACGAGAAUCAGGGACGAGCGCGACCGCCGCAGAGGCGGCGAACGAAGAUAUCGAGCUCGCCGCCGACGGACAAUCUCAACAACAACAACAACAACAACAACAAAUACGGAAACGACUCCACACGAAUGAUGCCAGAGGGGCUUUUCAUCGCACUGGAUCGAGUUUAAAUCCGGUACCGGAGGCCGGCAUCGGUUCCUUCUUUACGAACAUCGCCGAGCUGACGAAAGACGUGUUAGAUAUGCGCGAUGCGUCGAAUAAAACCGACGCGGAAACCACGAACACGGAGAGUUUUAUAGUGUCCUUGUUUAAAAGUAAAUCGCUGAAGGGAAUGAAGGGCAGAGGGUCGACGGAGAUGAGAUAUGCAGAGACGAAGAGGAUCGGGGCGAGGCAGGAGGAGAAAAAACGAAUGGAAAGGACGUGGGGUGAGCGAGUUAUGGAAGGAGUGGAGGAAGAAGACCCGAAAGCCGGUAUGCAUAACAGUAAUAGUAAGAAUGAUAGCUCAACAUUGAUGGGGGCGAGUUCCGGAAGAACCUUGAGUUCACGAAUACGCGCAGAGUGCGAUGAAAACAACGACACGAACUCGUUUUACGCGAGGAAGCAAGGCGUCUUCGUGCUUUCGCCGUUAGGGUCGUUCAUGCGCAAAUGGGAUUUCCUCAUCAUAUGCGCGUUGUUGUGGACAGCAGUGGUCACUCCAGCUGAAGUUGCAUUUUCUAGACCGAAUUUGAACGCGUUGUUCGUGUUGAAUAGAAUCGUCGAUUUGUUCUUCAUUACCGAUCUUUUCAUCAACUUUUUCUUGGCCGUUCCGGAACCUAAAACUGGACACAUUAUAUACGAUCGGAGAUAUAUUGCAAUUUCCUAUCUCAGAAGCUGGUUCAUUAUCGAUUUUCUAUCCGUCAUACCGACGGAUUUGAUUACGAUAAUGGUAGAGGAUGCGUACCCGAACGCAAACAUUGAAAAUUUGACCGUCUUGAGGGCGUUGAGAUUAUUUCGAUUAGCGAAACUUUUGCGCAUUCUGCGAACGAUGCGAUUAUUUAAGAGAUUGGAAAUGAGGUAUACCAUCGAUUAUUCCAUGCUCGCAUUGAGUAAGUUUGCGAUUGUUACGGUCAUUUUCGCGCAUUGGAUGGCGUGCGCGUUUGGAUUCGUCCACGACCUCGGGGCAAGCGCUGGACACGAUACGUGGAUGAUGAAUACAUAUUUCGGUGAUUUCACCGUAAACAACUCGUGUUACGAUCCCACAGAUCCUUUGGCAUGCGUGCCUGGGUUUGAUAAGUACAUCGCUGCGCUGUAUUGGAGUUCGAUGACCAUCACAACCAUCGGUUACGGGGACAUUUCGCCGAAAACAAACGAGGAGCGUAUUUUUGUCAUCAUAGCGAUGUUAGCUGGCGCAUUUCAAUACGGUUACGUCGUCGGUGCCGUUGGUAACGUCAUUUCGACGAAGAAUUCUCGAACGAGCGGGUUAAAGAACUCGUUGACGGAUUUGAACGAGUUAUUUGCGGAUUUGCCGUUGACGCCGCAAGAGAUGCGAGUGAAACUGAGAGAGUUCUUCAAGUACAAACACGGUGAUGCGAAGUUAGACUUAGAAAGAACGACGGCGUUGAUGUCAGAAAUGUCACCGCGACUACGAGCAGAGCUCGUGGUUUUGCGAAACAAUUGGAUGAGAGACGUGAAAUUCUUCCACGACUUUCCAGAGUCUUUGGUGUUGGCGUUGUCCUUGAAGAUGAAACAGCAAACGUAUCCGCCGAAAGAGUUGAUUUUAGAAAAAGGAGAUUACAUGGACAACUUUUUGAUGAUUCGUAAAGGUGUGCUCGUCGCAAAUGGUAGAAUAAUCACCGCUGGACAAGUUUUUGGUCAGGACUAUGUGUUGGAACCUGGGCGAUCGCCUCAGUUUCUGCAAACGAUUACGUUUUCAGACGUCUACUCGCUUUCGUACCAAGACUUGGAAGAGGAAGUGAAGCACUAUCCAGACGUACAAGUUAUGCUGAAGAAGAAACGAAUGCAAGCAUUAUUCAGAAGAGAAAUGGUGGCGUAUUCUAAAGCGUACAACGCUUUGAUGUUAUACGGCAUAAAAUCAGACGUGUAUAAAUGGUACGACGAACGUCCUCAAUUUUACUUGAACAAGUUGAAAACAAUAAAUGGCGCCGACGGCGCGUUUUUGAUUAAUCCCGAUUCUGAAGAUGCGCAAAAACGCAUGCGCGCGGUUUUACUCAUCCAAAGUUGCUACCGUUCGAAGCAAACGAGGGAGAAGUUCAAAAACAUUUCUGCGCGAGCGAGUGUGACUCCGGUGCUUUCCUCGACGUUGCGAUUAACCAACCCUGAUUUAUACAGCUCGCACGCCAUAGACAUUUUGCACCACAGAACGCUGGCGUCGUUACGGAUGUUGCAUCAUAAAAUAGAUUCUAUCAUGCCGUCACCCCCACCUACGAAAAUGAUGUCGAACGACCAAGUGAAAGUGAAAUUGACGCAAGAUUUUGAGGAGCAAAAAGGAGAGUUCUGGACGACACCAAUGCCGAAAGAAACUUAG